GGCUUUUCUCUGGCUUGAUACGGAAUUAUGCUGAAGGUACACGGCCGUUCCCAGGGCCUUUCGACGGUACACUGAGACUUUUGAGACUCCCGUAAAUCAUCCGCAAUAUUGAUUGAUUCAUUGGUAUCAACAUGGUUACCUCCCUAACGGAGAAGAGUCGGCGAUCGAAUCUUCUGACUGACUAUGAGAAUGAUGCCGUCAUUGGAAUGCUUCCGCCCCAAUGCGAGAGUUUAUCCACUGCUGUGGUUCAAUUGUUGAUUACCGAUCCGCCGAAUCAUGAUUAUUGGAGAAAGGUCGGUUGUGGUGCGGCGUGUUUUAUUAAACACCACCAACUGCAGACAUUCUUUAUCCAUGUCUACGACAUUCAGAAUUUCCAGCUUUUAUGGCAACAAGAAAUUUACAUUGAACUGGAUUACCGCAAUCGGCAAAACGUCUUCCAUACGUUCGAAGCGGACAACUGCAUGGCCGGAUUAAACUUCGCCGAUGCAGCGGAAGCCAACGACUUUUACGAUAAAGUCUCCAAUAAAACUUUAAUACAACGACGGAAACCGGUUAAGCAAUCGCGACGUGCGGCAGGAGAAAAUGGCUUAUCAAGAGACAACGGAAUGCGGACGAAAUCAACACGUCCGGCGCCCGGCAUUCCCACUCAGACCACGGUCGCCGCCCCAGUGGUGUCCGACAAUGCCGCUUUCAAACUCUCCGCUGCCCAGGGCGUGUCCACCGCUGCACAGCCCGUUCCAGUCGGAGCGGAAAAGCAGAAUGCCAAUGGAACCUUUCUCUCCAAUGUGACGGGACUAUUUUCUGGGAAAAAGGACAAACUACAGUCGAAAAAGUCAACAAAAUUGACGGCGGCUGAUAUCGGUCGGCCUCUCGUGGAAACUUUUCAACACGUGGCACAUUGCGGAUGGGAUGCCGAGAAAGGCCGCUUGGACUACGACAUGAAUGACCCCAUGGUGGCGCAGUUACUAUCCAGCGCCGGCAUCAACGUGUCACAGAUGGACAAAGAAACCGAACAGUUCCUGUAUCAGACAAUCGAAAAUCUAGGUGGUCGCAAAGCCAUCGAAGCGGAAUUCGCGCACCCGACACCGCCACGUCCGCCCGCGGCAGCCGCUCCGAAAAUUACCGGCGUCUCGGCACCGCCCAAACGGCCGCCUCCGACAUUACUCCUCCCACCGGACAAUGCGCGCCCACGCUCCGAUAGUUCCGAAUAUUCACGCCAACAUCCCAACAUUCACACCAUCGGACCACCGCCACCGCCCCGCCGCACGGGAUCCGCAUUAGACAUCAGCAUUCCCGCACACCGCGACACGAUGCCCACCGGUCCACCGCCACCACCUCCGCCGUUCGCUCAGGCUAAACCAGGGGCUCCACCCCCGCCGCCCCCGCCCCCAGGCUUCGGCCUUCCACCACCUCCGGGUUUUGCCCCGCCCCACCUCCGCCUCUGCCACCGGGUGGAUUUAUUCCGCCGCCUCCACCAGCGCCUGGUUUGGAUCUGCCGCCGCCACCGGACCAUUUGCUACGCGGCGACAGUUUCCGGUCAACCGGUAGCGGGGAGAGUGGAGGACGAGCGUUUCUGGCCGACAUUCGCGGAGGGAAUUUUGCGCUGAAGCCGGUGAACAGGGAGAACUCCGAUCCGGGACCGGGAGGCGCCCAUGACCAGUUGAUGCAUAGUAUCCGAAACGCGGCGAAAGGUCAAACGUUACGAAAGGUCACUCCGGAGGAAAAGGCACCCAGGACACCGACUCUGGAACAAGGAGGUAUGGCAGCGGCUCUGCAACUGGCAAUGGACAAUCGACGGAGGGCCAUGCAGCAAGAACAUGAUGAAGACGAAUCGGACUAUUCGGAUGACGAAGAAUGGGAAUGCUGAUCCUUUGAGGCACAUUAAUUGAAAAGGUUUAUUGCUGACGUGCAAGCCAUAUCGAAGCCAUGUUAUAAAGCCGUCCGCUUGCUUGUUCUGAAGAAAAAUUUAAUGAUUGCUUACACGGAUAUAUAGAGUGGUUUUAAAUUUAUUGUGUCACUUUUGAUUAGAUUGUUUCGUUGAGUGAAUAAUAAAUUUGUUGAAAAAAUUGGAAAAA